UAGUCAUAGACAACCGAAUUAGAGAGAUGGCUGAAGCAAAACCUACCAAAAUACUUUUGAGGGCCGCAACUAAAGUAAGCCUUAAUGAGAGAUUUACCAAGCUAAUGCAUAGCCGACCUCCGACCGUAAUAGAGGCUAGAAUCGCGAUUCACGGUACAGUACGCAAAAGUAACGGGCGAUUAGCACACCAGCUACAAUUAGAGAAGAAUCGAGUCACACAAAACUGGAAUAAAAUAUCAAUAAAAGAUAGGUUAGGAGCGCCACGUGGGAAGACCAGGGGACGUGGAAUUUCAAGAGGAGCAAGAUCCGCUGUAUUAUCACGCUUAGGACAUGGAGGAGCAACGUUACAGACCAAUGGAAACGGUUUGGUUAGCACAACAAAAAGUAAAACAAGAAGAGGUUUCGUUCGAAAUGCGUUUAAAAAUAAGAAAAAUAACAACAGAGGAAAAGGUCGUGGUGGAUUGAAGAGGGAUACUCAAAGAAAUCGACAAAAAAAAGUUAACAAAACAUCACUGGAUGCGCAGAUAGAAAGCUAUAUGUCUAAAACCAAGAGUUCAAUGGACGCCGAACUUGAUGUGUAUAACGCAGCAAGGUCAAAUGUGAUUAUACCAAAGUGAUUCCAAUAUGUAUUACAUUCAACAUACAAAUGAAUUGGGAUUUAGCAUUUCUUUUCUCUAGCAUCAUGGACGUCAUCCGAUUCUUUUCCUUUCACUUUAUUUGAUAGGCUAUCAAAAAACAAUUCCAGUUACCGCGGAAAAUUGACUUGUUUGUGGCAAUACUUAUCACCAUGUAAUAAUAUUAUAGAAGACAACUCAUUUAUUUAUAUCUGGUAUAUAUUUCAGCUCAUUAUUUAAAUAAAAUUUAGUAUAUGAAUUUCA